UACCACCUUAUAUACUUAAUGACAGCAAAUGUGUCGUUUGAUGAAAUAUGACGAAUACUUCAAAGUAAUGAAGAAAACAAAAGCAAAAUGGUGUUGGCUAAAGUUGUGGUUUGCGUGCUUUUAUUAAAUAUAUGUAAAGGAGAUCUACAGGACAAACUGCUGGACGAAAUGGAUGAUAAUGACAUGGAAUCUGCUCUUGGAAAUCAUAAUCUUCCUGUUCAAAAUGCUGUUUUAUCUCACCCCAGAAGACACUCAAAAUCAAACAAGCGGAUGAAACGAAGAUAUAAAUGUUAUUCUUGCGAACCACCAGAUUGUGCUGAUACCGCGAUCCACGCACACUACUGUCAAAAUGCUAUUCAAUGCUGGAAAUCUCGGACCCGUGAUCCCGAAGGGAACGAAAAUGUACAACGGGGUUGCACUACAGAACAUGAACAGUUGCCGCUGUACUGCAGCCAAAACCAAAAAACAAACACUGGCGACGGUAGUGGACCAAAAAAACGGCAUGUUUCCAGUACUGGAAUGUAUAAUAUAGAAUGCUGCACGGGUGACUAUUGCAAUAAUGGAUCUUUUCCAGAAUUACCCCCCAUGAAAGGUACAGUUUCUCUUUUCAUUUACAAAUGUGCCAGAAUAAUUUAUGGUCUACGUUCUUUUACAGUUUCAAACACAGUUCCAGUGGCUGAUCCAUUCAUAUUGAAGAUGACAGCUGCUAUUCUUGUACCAUUUGGAACAGUAGUAAUUCUUGCAAUUACUGCUAUUUAUUGCAUGCGCCGAGCCCAUAAAAAACGAAUGAACGCUUGUCGAACAAAAUAUGAUCCAGAAACUUAUUACACAAACGACGAUGUACUACGAGCUACUAGUGCCGGUGAUAGCACAUUACGAGAAUAUUUGCAACACUCCGUUACUUCUGGUUCUGGCAGUGGGCUCCCUUUGCUUAUUCAACGUACACUUGCUAAGCAGGUGUCUCUUUGCGAAUGUAUUGGUCGUGGUCGAUAUGGAGAGGUAUGGCGAGGCAUUUGGCACGGCGAAAGUGUUGCAGUGAAAAUUUUCUUUAGUCGUGAUGAAGAUUCUUGGAAACGAGAAACAGAAAUUUACGGCACGGUUCUGUUGCGGCACGAAAACAUUUUGGGGUACGUCGGUUCGGACAUGACUUCGAGAAACUCUUGCACUCAAUUGUGGCUCAUUACACACUACUAUCCUCAUGGAUCCCUAUUUGAUUAUUUGAAUCGUACUGCAAUUACGACACAUGAAAUGAUCACUAUUUGUCUUUCCAUUGCCAACGGCUUGGUGCAUCUUCAUACAGAGAUAUUUGGAACCGAGGGUAAGCCGGCUAUCGCACAUCGUGAUCUAAAAACAAAAAACAUUUUAAUACGAGCAAAUGGAACAUGUGCUAUUGCCGAUUUUGGUUUAGCUGUAAUGCACAGUCAAACAACUAAUAAAAUAGAUUUAGGAAACACGGCUCGUGUAGGAACGAAACGCUAUAUGGCCCCCGAAGUGCUUGACGAAAGUAUUAGCAUGGAUUGUUUCGACGCCUUAAGGAAAGCAGAUAUCUAUGCAAUAGGGCUAAUUUUUUGGGAAGUUUGCCGUCGUACCAUCUCGUGUGGUAUUGUGGAAGAGUAUAAAGUCCCAUAUUUUGAUUACGUUUCAUCUGAUCCCAGUUUUGAAGAAAUGCGCAAGGUAGUAUGCGUAGAUAACUACAGACCGUCAGUGCAGAAUCGAUGGACUUCUGAUCCGUUUCUCGCUAGUAUGUCUAAGUUGAUGCGCGAAUGCUGGCACAUGAAUCCAAACGUACGAUUGCCAGCGCUAAGGAUUAAAAAAACUCUGCUGAAACUGGCUAGUUCUGACGAAACAAUAAAAAUUACUCCAGAUGGCGAAGUAAUAGUAUGAUGAAGCGGUCAAUAAUAAUUUGAUCAAUGUACAAUAUUAAUAGAUCGAAUACGAUAAUUUUGUUUUUUUUUUAAUAUCUUGCUUCUAAUAUGAUUGUAGGUCUUCAAUAUUCGCCUGUAUACUUCGAAAAUUAAUAACAAUUAACUUUGCGUUAAACAUAAGUAUCAUGCAUUGAAUUUUCGUUUUAUACUUACAAUGCGGUAGCUGAUCAUCCAAUCAAUAUUAGGAGAUGUUUAAGCCUGAUUCAACAUCAUUAAAAUCAGUGUAACCAGAUCGAUUAUUUUAUAUACGAUAAACGUUUAUUAUAUGAGAUGUAAGAGUACGUUCCGUUAUCAUUAACACAAAUUGUGCUUGCUUGCAGUAAAAGAGUAGCUAAUUUUAAGAAAUCAUCGGUCUUGCCAUUGGCCUUUUUCUACUCACAGGAAGCAGAAAAGAAACAAUCCUUGGUUAUUGCGAUCGUGCCAUCAAGGAAAUUUAUUAUUUAUCAUCUUCAUUUUCGCGAUUGUACACAUGAAAAAAGUUAAUACCGAAGAAAAAAAAUUGUAAAUAGUUCUUUUUACCUGUUGUGCACAUAGUUUUUUAUAAUUGAAAAAAAAAAACAUUUUGUACUAUGAUCAGAACCAAUCGUAAUGGUUUGGAAAAGAUUUAUUUUAUUUAAUAGUGAUAAGUUUUUGGACACAAAGUUUGAUAGUAUUUUUUAAAAGAAAUUCGAGUUAAUAGUGCAACGUGAAUUCAAACAAUGUAAUUCAAACAAUGUAACAAUUGUAAAACAAUGAAGAUCCCUUAAUGGCAUUCAAACAUAA